GUCCAAUCAGAACCCAAUUUGAUAAGGAGACCCGCCAAAAAAUAGAAUUCCAAUCAGCCUUGUCAUGUCGCGUCGUCGUCACAUCACAUGUACCUACCUACCUAUCUCUUUCAUCCACGCAAGGCUGUAAUAUCUCCUAUCUGCUUGCAGUGCCCCUCGAUUAAUAAGAUCUAGCUUUCUCAAUUGAUACUAUAUCCCGAACAAUGACCCCCCGGUAGUAAUUACAAUACAAGACUCUUCUACAACGAAGACAUCAUCAUGUCUGGCGUUGUUGAUACCACUACCACCGCCCACCCCGAGCCACCGACUAAGCGUCGCAAAGUCUUAGUCCACGAUGACGAUAGUAUCCAUUCGACCCCUGUCCCACACUACGACACCCCAAAGGAGAAAGAUGGCAAGCGCACCCUCAGCGUUUCCAUCAGGGAGAAAACCGCAGACAGCCGCUCCGAGAGCCAAAGCCCCAGUCGAAGUCGAAGCCGGAGUCGCGAACGACGCCGCGAAACAGAUUACUCCUCCGACGAACGCUCGCCGCGCCGCAGCCGCAGUAGAUCCCUCUCCAGCUCUCGCUCACGCAUACGCUCGCGCCACUCAAGUUCCGGCAGUCGAUCGUCAAGCCACUCCCGCACCCGCUCCCGAUCCCGAACCCCAAGAUCGCGCACCCGUUCCCCCUCAGACUCGCGCUCCCCUCGAGCCGCAACCUCCCCCCUCCGCAACACCCACAACCCCUCCCCCACACCGCCCUCCCGCCAACUCGCCAAACCACACUACACCCCGCGACUAGUCCUAGCCGGGCACGCGCGCGCAAUAUCGCAAGUCCGCAUCUCGCCCGACGGGCAGUGGAUCGCGUCGUCGUCCGCAGACGGGACGGUGCGGAUCUGGUCCGUGGCCACGGGCCAGCACGCAGAAACCCUGGUCGGUCAUAUGGCCGGCGUGUCGGCCGUCGCCUGGGCGCCCGACAGCAAGACGUUGGCCUCGGGGUCCGAUGACAAAGCUAUCCGCCUGUGGGACCGGGUUACAGGGCGGCCGGCGCGCGCGGGGAAGCCGUUGUUGGGUCAUCAUAGCUACGUGUAUAGCCUGGCGUUCUCGCCCAAGGGGAAUAUACUAGCGAGCGGGAGUUACGACGAGGCGGUUUUCCUCUGGGAUGUGCGUGCUGGUCGGUUGAUGAGGAGUCUGCCGGCCCAUAGCGAUCCUGUGAGUGGGAUUGACUUUUGUAGGGAUGGGACGCUGGUGGUUAGUUGUAGUACGGAUGGGUUGACCCGAAUAUGGGACACAUCCACAGGCCAAUGUCUCCGCACCCUCGUGCAUGAGGACAACCCUCCCAUAACAUCGGUAUGCUUCGCGCCCAACGGGCGGUACGUACUAGCCUUCAGCAUGGACUCAUGCCUACGGCUAUGGGACUACGUCUCCGGCACCGUGAAGAAGACAUACCAAGGCCACGAGAACUCCAAGUUCAGCAUCGGCGGGUGCUUCGGUACCGUCCCCCCUACCACCACCACCACCACCAGCAAAGACACCGACGACGAAGAGGAAAGCGGAAGGACAGCGACAGCUUUCGUAGCAGCCCCCAGCGAAGACGGCGACAUCGUGCUCUGGGACGUCCGCACCAAGGAGAUUGUGCAGCGCAUCCGGCGCGCCCACGACGGCGUGUGUUUCUGGGUCGACGUCCACGGCGACACCAUGGUGAGCGCGGGCCAGGACGGCAAGAUCAAGGUAUACAAGCAUCAGCCAGUAGGAGAUACGAGUGCGACAAAAGUCAACGGUGUAUCCCCCGAGACGAAGGAUACAAAUGCGGAUGUGGAUGUGGAUGUGGAUGUGGAUGUGGAUGUGGAUGUGGGUAUGGGUAUGGGUGCUGAGCAAGACGGGGUUGAAGGAAGCGAAUCCCCUCUCAAGGAUGAAGAUGUCAAGAAGGAAGAGUAAAACCAGCCAGGCGAAAGGGGAUAGGCGUGAGAACUUGGUUUUUUACGGUAGAUAUAUAGGUACCUAGGUAUAAUCAGGGCUACCAGGCGACAGCCGCAGGGUAAUUGUAUCGGAUAACUUAGACAGCGCAGCAUACCCAUCCCAUAUUUUAAUCAGACAAGUACCUAACCUAAGACUACCCGGGA